UAAUGUUGCGGUGCUAGGUUCUUAUUCCCGCCAGUUUAGGCCAAAGAUGGCUCAACGGACUGUUGUCAAGACUUAUGAACAGCUGUAACGGUUAAUGAAUAUACAAAUAAAAACCUUGCCUGUCAACCAGUCGACGUCUGAAUCGCUUCAUUCUACGUUGCCUUCACCUGAUUCGAGUACUACUAAAUUAUUUUCUUGAUAACUUGAUAAAAUUCAUUCCAUGAAACAUGUCCGUGAAAGUGAAGACGACAGACGGAAAGAAGGAAAUAUCGAUGCAGCUAACCAAAUUAACAACUGUGGAAGAUGUGAAGCAUGAGAUUGAAAAACAAUUGCACGUUGAAAAGGAUUUGCAACGAUUAUUUUUUUCUGGAAAACAAUUGGAGAAUGGCUAUCACUUGGAUAAUUAUAAUAUCAAUUUUAAUGAUAUUAUAUUGCUCAUGAUAAAAACAAAGGAAAACAAUACCAAGAAUGAAGUGAUAUCUAACAAAAAUGAGAGUGAGAAGGAGGAAAAAAUAAGUGAAGUAGAUGAAGGGAAAGAAGAAGAAGAAGAAGGAUUAGAAGAAGCUGAGAGUUUGUAUUAUAAAAUUGGAGAUGCAGUUGAUUGCAGCGAUCAAAGAACUGGUGCCUGGUUCGAAGCCAUUAAAAAGAUUUAUAAAAAGGGUGAUGAGAUACUUUAUAAUAUAAUAUGGGAAUUCGAUAGCGUAAUUUCCCCUGUCAAUGUACCUGAAACACGUAUACGUCCACGUGCACGACGUUCAAUAGAAUUCGAUGAAUUGUCUGUUGGUCAAAAAGUCAUGAUUAAUUAUGACAUGGAUGAUCCCAGCAAAAUUGGGCUAUGGUUUGAUUUUACGAUAUCUCAAAUAGAAAAGAAAAGAAAACUACGAGAAUUGGUAGGACGAUUACAUAUUAAUAGUAAUCAACUUAUCAUCCGAAAAAAGGUCAAAGAAGAGAUAUAUGCAAUAGAGGUACCUAAAUUAUUAAAAGAUAGAACUGCAGAAGAUGAACAAUUCAUGAAGAGUAAUGGCAAGAACAGACCAGUAGCUCCUUCUUGUGAGGAGUGCGAUGAUAAUCCCGACAUGGAGUGUCGAUCGUGCGGAUGUAAAAUUUGUGCUGGGAAAGAGGAUGAGAAUACACUUUUAAUUUGUGACGAGUGUGAUGACAUGUUUCAUAUGAAGUGCCUAAAUCCACCGCUCCUGGAACUGCCACAGGAGACUUAUUGGUACUGCCCGGAAUGCAAAAAUGAUGAGAACGAAAUUGUCAAGGCAGGAGACAAACUGAAAACGAAAAAGAAACCUAUCCGUGAUAAUAAAGAAUAUAAAAGGAAUUGGGGUAACGGGAUGGCUUGUGUUAAGAGACAAAAAGUCUGCUAUUUGGUUCCAGAAAACCAUUGUGGACCAAUUCCGGGUGUGGAUGUCGGUACGUCCUGGAUGUUCAGAAUGCAGGUUUCGGAGGCAGGAGUACAUAGACCGCCUGUAGCUGGUAUUCAUGGGCGAGCAAAUGAUUGUGCGUAUUCUAUUGUUUUGUCUGGUGGCUACGAGGAAGAUUAUGAUCACGGCGAUGAAUUUUUAUAUACUGGGUCAGGUGGUAGAGAUUUAUCAGGUAACAAAAGAACCAACUCACAAAGCAAGGAUCAAACGUUAACCAGAAUGAAUUUGGCAUUAGCUAGAAAUUGUAAUGCUACUCUAAACGACAAAAUCGGCGCGGCAGCUACCGAGAACAACUGGAAACAAGGAAAGCCGGUUCGAGUCAUACGCAAUUAUAAAUUAGGGAAAUAUAGUAAAUAUGCACCAAAAGAAGGCAAUAGAUACGAUGGUAUAUAUAAAGUGAUAAAGUACUAUCCAGAUACAAACACUCAUGGCUUUCUCGUGUGGAAGUACAAAUUGAGGAGAGAUGAUUCCGCUCCUGCACCGUGGACUAAAGAAGGAAAAGAGAGAAUCGAAUUUCUUGGUUUAAAAAUGCUGUACCCCGAUGGAUAUCUUGACGCGAUGCAAAAAUUUAAUAAAACUGGACCUAAGAAACGGUCUGCUAUUGAUGAUGAUGAUGAUGAUGAUGAUGAUGAUGAUGAUGAUGAAGACGAGGAAGAUAUUGCGCUCAUAAACAGACUACGUAGAAAGAAAUUUAAGCUAGUUUUUGAUUUAGAGGACGAAUUAAAGACUUUAAUAGAAAAUGAUAAAAUAAACGCUAAAUUGUGGGACGAAUGCAAAGCAACUGUAAUCCAUGGAAAACCUGCCUUUUUGGAUUGCGUUUCAGAAAGAUUCAAAUGCGUUUGCUGUCUCGCAGUUCUUUAUAAUCCUGUAACGACUCCCUGCGGACAUAACAUCUGUCUGAAAUGUUUAAAACGAAGUUUUGCUUCUGAAAUGUAUUUCUGCGCUGUAUGUCGAUAUUAUCUUGGUAAAACUUAUGAUAUGAAUGUCAAUCAGACAUUGGCAUCUGCAUUAUCGUUAAUUUAUCCUGGUUAUAAAGGCGAACGGUAAUAUUACUUUACAUAAUAAUGAAAUGCCAAUUUUAUCCGAAUUAUCACUAACAUAUAGAUCAUAAAAAGAUUUUAAAAUUAUAUUUAAUGCAAUUCUAGAUUCCAACUUCAAAUCUUUAUUGCAUUGAAUAUGAUUUUGAAAGCAUAUUUUUCGACAUUUUUCAUUGAAAAA